AUGUCACAUGUACUCAAAGAUUUCACGAACUUGCCAUUGCAAAAACCAUCAGGGCCUCGGGUAUCUGAAGCAACUUAUAGAAAGCCGAUAUUUAAAGCAAAGCGCUUGAUUGAGUCAGGUGUAACAACAAGAGCCGUUUCCUUAUCCUCAGCGCGGGAUCUUGAAGAAUGCUUACACCAAAGUUCAAUAAAAGUGCUUAUUGUGAGGUGCCGCUUAAAUUUAAAUUAGGAAAAAAUAAUUUAUAUGUUUUCAUUGAAAAAGUUAUAGUGCAUUUAUCCAAAAAAAUAUUUUAUGGAACUCAGAUUCUUAUACAAUUAAGCUAACGAUUUAGAAAAUAGCGUUAAAAAUUCGCCUUUUCAGAACGAUCCUUUUGCCUCUGGAAGUGAAAGCCCUCACAUUUGUAGCACAGCUCAAUCUUCACAAUCAAGUAUUAUUGAAUCUUCCGUCAAAAAAAAUUUGGAUUUUGACGAAAAAGGGCUUCAAGAAUGUUUUUCGCUAUUAAUGACUCCAGUGUUUGGCAAAAGGUCACGAGAAGAGACUAUAUCAAGAGUAGGUAAAAAAUCUAAAGAAGAGGUAAAAACAAUUGAUAACAUGCAGAUCGAGCUAUUAGACCCUGAUUUAAUGGCUUCUGAGUAUUUUAGGUGUUACAAAGAAAGCGACGUUAUUUCUGACUUAGACGUCAGAGACAAUGUAAUAAAAAACGAGUGCGACGAUGAUUGUCCAACUGACGACGCACAGAUAGAGGUAUGUAUAUCUUAUUUGGCAGCCCAGAUUGAGCAGGCUAUCUUAAGUGAGGUGUAA